CGCCGCCUAGGAAGUGAGUCGAACUUCGGACCCUGACCGUUUCCUACGCCGAAGCCCCCGCUGGCGCCGCUGCAGACACAGCCCGCAAGCGGCCGGAAGCCGACGCUGCUGCACGACAGUCCCGCAAGGAGCUUACUGCGAACGAGAUCCACCUCAGCGCGCUGCUGCACAAUAAACUCGCCGGCCGCCCUCCAGCGAAGCAGACGGAUCGCCCUCUCUGAUCUGGCACGUCCUGAGCACCCAGACCUCUCACAGAGAUGACGCAGGCGGAGUUCCGCACGUUCCGCGUCGGCAACAUGACGGCGGUGACGCUGUGCACCAUGUGCCUGGUGGGCGUCGGCCUGUUGCUGCUCAUUUCCGGAGCUGUGGUCACCGGCAUUGUCUACACAGAGGUGCGGCCACCCACCGCCGACGAGAACUACGACAGGUACCGCGGCGCCGACCUGCGCCGGGUGCUGGGCCCCCUGAUGCUCUGCCUGGGCGGCUUCCUGCUCAUCGGCGGCUGCGUGUUCAUGGCCUUCGGCUACUACUCGAACUACCGCGACGAAGAGCGCGGCUACUCGCAGGCGCACGCGCGCGACUACGACAGCGGCCAGCAGCCCAAAGAUGUCAAAGUGAGCACGUACUGAGAGCACGUCCAGAUGCGCUAUCUCGGAAGCUCAACCAAGGAGGACUUGGAAGCCGGGACGAGGAUGAUGGAAAGAUGAUUUCAGCCUUGGACCCGCUACGCGACUCCUUGUACAUACAUUUUUUUUUUUUGGUUGCUGCUGCGGCGUCCAUACGGACGAAGGAUGCACACCGCAGAAGCAAGCCUCUUCAUCAAUUACCUCACUACGAAAAGACCGCAGCUUAACGCUGCUCAGCGUCUGCAUGCUUCUCGUUCAACUGCCCGCAUUUGUCCUGUGUAACACGCGAUGCAAUUUCAUUGUUAGUUUCAGAACAGUGCAUUAAUAGCGACAUCGUAAUCAACAUCGCACUGGAGCGAGAUGCAGUGUCAUUCAUAGAAUACAUGAUCUGCAUUGUAGUCAUUAGCCACUCAGUGAAAUAAAACUCUACUGUCAAGCCUCAAAA